AUGCUUGGUGUUGUUCAAGGCUGGAAGUGCCCACCACAAAUGGUUGACUUCAUCUCAAGUUUAGGGUGGGGUGCAAACAACGAAUCUUUUGGUAAAGUUGAUUAUGGGAUUUCCCAAAAAUGUAAUCUUGAAUCUUUAGGAUUCACAUUGGAGCCUACUUUACCUAAGCCUUCUUCUCCAUCUCCAUCUUCAUUACCUAUACAGAAAGAAACUCCAUUGUUGAUACCUCUUAGUCCUGUGUUGGAGAAGAAUGAAGUAGAACACGUGAAUGCAAUAAGUGAAGAAGAAGAAGGAAAACAAGUGGCAGAUUCAAUUAAAAUAUAUCAACUUUCACAAAGAAGAACCAGGAGACCUUUUUUAGUGUCUGAAGUACAAGCGCUUGUGGAAGCUGUUGAGACCCUGCUUGGAGCUGGAACAUGGCGUGAUGUUAAAAUGCGUGCUUUUGAUGAUGCAAACCAUCAAACUUACGUGGACUUGAAGAGAAAGUCAAGAUAGAAAGAUGCCGGUAUAUAUGGAUAUUCCUUUCAAAUAAUCUUCCAGGCAUGUGGUUUUUUUUAAAUAGCUUUAAUUUGUGUUAUUCCAUUAACACCCUUCCUCUCCUUCUCUCUUAAAGAAUAUAAGUUUAAAAUCAAAAGAAACUAGAACAAAGUAUAAUCUUCAAUGGCAGAGAACACUUAUUUAAUGAUUU